AGUUUUCUUCUUUUUUUCAAGUAGACCCAUGGAAGAGCACAGCUGAAUCUAGCUUGAGACAUUCUCUCUCCCCCUCUCCUGCAUAAAAAGGGAUGGACCAAUUCAUCCGGAAACACUUGACUUUCCUCAACACCUUCUGGAACAAAUGUUUGCCCAACACGGCUCCGAAUAACCACUCUUUGGAUUUUUGGGAACCCAUCCCGGGAGAAUCCUUGCACCCCACCCUGGAUCCGGAUCCUGCUGAGCCCUCUUUCUCCCUCUUUGACGUGCUCCAUGACUUCACAGCCAGGAAGGCAGAUGAGCUGAGUGUCAACCGAGGGGACAAACUAUGUGUCCUCAAAGAAGAGGGAGGGUAUGUCUUAGCAAGGCGGCUUUCUGGAGACCCACUUGUGGGUUAUGUCCCGGCUAAUUAUAUCAGCAAGAUCUGUCAGGAACCUGCUUCCCAGCAGCCCUGGUAUAUAAGUGGGAUCAGCCGGAACAAAGCCAGUCUCCUUCUACUCUCACCUCCCAACCGGCAUGGCUCCUUCCUUGUUCGUGACAGUGAAAGUAACAAAGGGGAAUAUUCUCUCUCAGUUCGGAAUCAUUCCAAAGUGCGGCACUUCAGAAUCUACAAGGACCCUGGAGGAAGUUUUUACUUAGAAAAGGGACACAUAUUUCCCACGCUAGAACAGCUCCUUGAGUAUUACACAGUCAAUUGGAAGGUCAUACAGAGCCCUCUGCUACAGCCUUGCAUCCAAAAGAGGCCUCUGGAGACAGACCAAUGGGAGCGGCCCCGUUCUGAAUUCCAGCUCUGGCGGAAGAUGGGAGAAGGAUGUUUCGGAGAGGUAUGGGAAGGAAUGUGGAAGAACACAGUGCCGGUGGCCAUCAAAAUCAUGAAGCAAGCGGACAUGAGAGAUGACUUUGCCAAAGAGAUCCAGAAUUUGAAAUGCCUGAAGCACACGAGACUCAUCAAACUCCUCGCAAUCUGUUCCGUGGGUGAACCCGUCUACAUCGUCACUGAGCUGAUGAGAAAAGGCAACUUACACAGUUACCUCAACAGUGUUGCAGGGAAGGAACUGACAACACAUCACCUACUUAGCAUUUCUUGCCAAGUGGCUGAUGGGAUGACCUAUCUGGAAGAACAGCAUGUUGUCCACAGAGAUUUAGCUGCCAGAAACAUACUGGUGGGAGAUGACCUUGCUUGCAAAAUAGCUGAUUUCGGCCUAGCCAGACUCCUCAAGGAUGAUAUUUACUCCACCACUAGCAAUGGUAUGAUCCCUGUGAAGUGGACAGCACCAGAAGCGGCCAUCUAUCAGACCUAUUCACCUAAAUCAGAUGUCUGGUCUUAUGGAAUUCUUCUCUAUGAGGUUUUCACUUACGGACAGUGUCCAUAUGAAGGGAUGACCAACCAAGAAACUAUCCAACAGAUUACUCGGGGUUUCCGCCUUCCUCGUCCGAAUAGUUGUUCUCCUGAAAUUUACAGCGUCAUGCUGGAAUGCUGGAAGAGCCAUCCUGAAGACAGACCGAGUUUUCUCACUUUGAGGGAGACACUCUUCUCUAUUUACAAAUGGGCGCAUCAUCCAUUUUCUUGAACAGGAAAACUCCAUUGCCAUUGGUGUUUAACAUGGGCUGCAAAUCCUGCUUCCUCUACAGGAUUUAGCUGUUAGGAAUAGACAGCUCAUUGCCUGGAAUGACCAGUUCAAGCUAGUCUUGGCCUCAAAGAACGUUUGUGCUUUUGAAGCUGGAAUAGAUGAAGACUUUACUCUCAGGAGGGACAGUAGUAACUCUCUGCUUCUGGCUUGGGAUGAGGUCCCUUUGGCUUUGCUGGCUGUGUUUCCCAGAAGAUCAUUCACUUUCAGUGUUCUAUGUGAAGCCAAGAUGUCAUUGUGAAGAGAAACAGACCUGCAAUGCUCUCCACAUUUAACAGCUGUGGACUGUUUCACUUGCUGUGUGUGCCAGUAGUAUUUAAUUAUUCA